AUGAUUCCUCCCUUUAAUAGUGCAGAAAACGACAUAUUACUUUGUUCCGUCUGUGCAAAGCUAGAUUUCUACAGGAUCAUCCUUUAUGGCAUCCACGAGCUGGAGCCGAUUCCGCUCGGUUUAUUGUCAUCUAUCCUCGAAAAAUCUUAUCAAUGCAGUUUCUGCCGCCUCAUAUCAUUGUAUGUCCGUCGAACACGGAUUAUGGAGGACUUUCCUCACAUCGAUCUCUCAGAGAUUGAAUGCGGGUUGUACACGAUGUUUUGCGGUGCUCUUCGAAGGGGACCUUAUCCCCCACUCCGUUAUAGUCGCCGCCUCUGCGUCACUGGGAAUGGCCUCUGGCAGACGCAUCCCGCUUUCAGGGCAGCGGAUUCGCUAAUCAUUCAUCUCAUGCAAGAAGAUGCUUUCAAGUUUGGGAGGCCGGUCGAUCUUCAUGGUCGCAGGAUGAAGAAUACGGUGGAUAUCGGUCUGGUGAAGAAGUGGAUCAAGUUGUGUCAGGAGAACCAUGGAGAUAAAUGUCGGAAUGUUUGGAGAAUGGACAGGAACCUACCGGGGUUCGUGAGAGUGGUGGACGUAGUAUCGAUGGCUGUGAUCCCUGCACCUUCUCACCGCUUUCGUUACAUCGCGCUCAGUUACGUAUGGGGAGGCAACGGCGCAGAGUAUUGGACGACGAAGGAUAAUAUAGCAAAGCGCUCCAUGCCUGGCGGAUUAAAUGCGGCAAACCUCCCUGACACCAUCACAGACUCGAUUUCAUUCGUUCGACAGCUUGGUGAACGUUACAUAUGGAUCGACGCUCUAUGCAUCAUUCAAGAUGAUUCGCAGGACAAGGUCAGUCAGCUGCACGCUAUGGAUUUGGUCUACGGCCUGUCUUAUUUCACAUUAAUUGCUGCUGGCGGCAAAACAGCUCGAGAUCCUCUUCCAGGGUGCCGUCCACGAACUAGAACACCACACAUUGAAGUCGUUCAAGGACUUCAUCUUUUUGUGACUCCUCCAACAAUUGCAAAGGCUCUCGAACUGUCCGCUUGGAUUACGCGUUGUUGGACUUAUCAAGAAAGCGCGCUGUCCUGCCGAAGGAUAUCCUUCACUGAGCAGCAGGUCUACUUUGAGUGCCGAUGUCAGGUUUUCUGCGAAAACAUCGUCGCAGAAAGCAAGGCCGACUAUUCCACCAGCUUUUUUAGAUAUCCACGAGGAGAAUAUUUCCCAUUCUCAACCGACUCCUUCGAAAGUUACAAGCAUGCCGUAGAGAGGUGUACACGACGCAAUCUCACCGACGAAUCAGACAUUGUCGAUUCUCUCACUGGAGUGACAAAUGCCUUGGUGGUAGCAUUUGGACUCGGCGACCCCGCGAAAGCUUUUCAAUAUGGAAUGAUGUUAACGGAGCUGCAUCGCGCACUUCUCUGGCAACACGAUCCAUUUACACCUCGUGUUCGUCGUUCGCUUGCUGAAGGGUGUGACUCGUCUUGGCCUUCUUGGGCAUGGGCGACGUGGCACGGUGCUGUUAUCCACAUGUCACGGGGUGUGUAUAGGCAGACUCGGAUUGCUAGUUAUAGCAGCGAAGCGUCGGUGGAUGAGACGUUUAUUGAUGCUUGGUACAUCGUGGACCACGGUGGCGAUAUAGUGCUGCUCGAUGUUCGGAGGGUUUCACGAGUUUAUUGGAUAGAGGAAGAACAGCCCCCGUAUUCCUCUCCGGGAGGAAUAUUGGACCCAACAGAGAUGCCACUGGACAUUCAUCGACCACUAAAACCAGGCACUCUCAUUUUCCGCACGACUUCCAGCCAAUUUGACAUUACCAGGCGAGGUGGUGAAUCAAACGGAGAAUCAAGUCCUGCAGAUCACUAUGGUCUCUUUAAUAUUCUCUCCGCUACGUCUUCUCCGCCCACUUGGGUUGGUACUGUCAUCCUGCCAUUGAACCCUGCCCCGCCAAGUUCUAUCGAGUUCAUUGUGCUUUCCCGUUGUGAUAGUGUUGACGGCUUGUACGAUCAAGAGAGUCUUAAGGGUUACCGUGGUGAGAAUGAGGGCCUGAUGGAACGUGUUGGGUUGGGCAUCAUUCAUAUCGUUGCCUGGGUUGCUUCAAUGCCGGAGGAGAAGGUGGUGUUUCUUCGAUAA